UUGUAAAUUAUGUCCACUAUUCUUUUGUCCAUGAUAAGACACCUUUUCUUGUCAUUUCUUCCUAAACAAAACAGAACAACUUUAGUAUUUACAUUGCAUUAGGUAUUAUUAUAAGUAAUCUGGAGAUAAGUAUGUGUUAACAUACAGUUGGGUCCUUUGCAGAUUAUAUGCCACUUUAUAUGAGACAGAGUUGUGGCAUAAUCCCCUCCCCACUCCCAGAACUGUUUGCUCUUGUGACUGGUCGGACUCUGUAAAGGAAAUCUGCCCUCUCCCCGCCCUGCCUCAGUCUAAAUGAGCAUUCUUGCAGGCCUAGCCAUCUUGUUCUCCUCAAUGGCUUAGCCAGCUAAGUGGCUGUUUGAUUGUUGUCAGUUUAAGUCAGCUACUGAAUGUCUGCACGGUGCAUGUCAUUUGCCUGUGAGAGCUCCCGAAGCAAUCUAGAUUGGCCUUGAAACCUAGGAUCCUUCCACCCUAGCCUAAUGGAUCUGGGGUUAUAGCUACAUGCCGGGUGCUCAUUUCUGCCCUUGCCCAGCACUGAGCUUCCACUCAGCAGUGGAAGAAGGGCUGUUCAGUUUUGAAGCAGUCUCACUACAUAGCCCUAGAACUGAUAAUGAGUAGCUGACAAGUGACCCAGACUGACCUCAGAGUCCCAUCUGCCUCAAAUGCUGGGAUUAAAGGUGUGGGUCAUUACAAUGGGCAAAGAGGCUUCCUUCCCACAAUCCACCUCUCUGAUCCCUGCCCUGCUAUGAAAGUAUUCACUCUGCCUUAGGUUUCGCUCUCAUCUCUGUGUUUAUGAAUUUGAUAUACUUUUGCCAAACAAAAAGAAUGGAACACAGCGUCGCGCCCUCUGCUCAACAGCUCUGCUUCCUUGGCGUUCUUAAUGCAGCUGACUGAUAGCUCUGGCUUAGGGAUUGGUUUUGACUAUUGCUGGGUGGUAGUCAGUAUAUUGCCAACCUCCACAUUCUAGAUACAUGGUUCAUUAUUAGCCCCUUUGGGGAUAAGAAAUUAUUUAUUUAUUGGGUCUUGCUAUGCAGCCUAGGCUGGCCUCAAAUUUGUGAUUCAGUUAUUGGGGUUAAAGUUAUGUUGUCACACCUUGCUUCUGAGGACUGGCAAACUAGCCUUGACUUUGCUGAGGUUACAGAAGGUUGAUUUCAUUAGCGUAGUACUGUCAGUCAUGUAUUUGGGGGAUUAGACUUAGCCGCUAAGGCACUGAUCAACAAGUCAGAUGACCUCAGUUUGAUCUCCAAAACCUACAUGGUGGAAAGAGAGAAUAUUCCCAUAGGCUUGUCCUUGAAGUCUACAGGUGCACUGUGACAUACUGGCAUCCCCAACCCUUCACACACACCACCACCAGGAUACACACAGAGUAAAUGUAGAUGAAAAACUUAACGUAAUUGGAGAACUGGCAAGAUGGCUCAGUGGAUAAAACCUCUUGCUGCCAAGCCUAAUGGCCUCAGUUUGAUUCGAGGACCCACAGCAUUGAAGAUGAACACCAUCUCUUGCAAGUUGUUCCCUGACCUUCACAAAUGUGUCUCCCCCAAAAUAAAUAGCUUGGCCACACUGGUAGAGAAACUUGUGCCUUGCCCAGAACUUAAGUUUGAACCUGAUAUUGUCACUAAGCAAGGAAACUGGAUGGAUGCCUAUGAAAGAUCUGCCACUAUGAUCCUUGGAGUAACCUCUUCUGUGCCCUCCUUGCCACUCCCCAAUAUCCUCCUGAUGGCCAAUGUCACCUGGCCUCACGGUCCGUUUUCCACCUGUAGCACACUUGGUGCCCCUGUCAUCACCCUCAGCAGGAUUCUCCCCCUGAAGUAUGUGGAGCUGCAAAUCUAUGACCGGACGCAGCGCAUCCUCCGCGUUAGGACAGUGACGGAGAAGAUCUACUACCUGAGGCUCCACGAGAAACAUCCACAGGCUGUGUUUCAGUUCUGGAUCCGGUUGGUGAAAAUUUUACAGAAAGGUCUGUCCAUCACCACCAAAGACCCAAGAAUCCAGUUCACUCACUGCCUGGUGCCCAAGAUGUCCAACUCCUCCACUGAAACAGCAACUGAAAGCAGCCUGCCUGCAUCCUCCCAGAACAGCGAGGCCAUAAUGCUGCUGGCAGCCGAGCGGAACAGCAGCAGUCUCUUAGAACUCUCAAACAGACACCAGACCUCAAGAGACAGGCACACUGAUACUGCCACAGAAACAGACAACUCCGGCAACUGCAAGUCAACCCCACUGGUGGCAUCUUCAGCUAGUAUGCCCAUGAGAGCUGCUUUGACCCACAGUCUCUGGGAACAAGAGGACUCAAAUGAGAACUUCCUGCAGGCUCCUGUAGCCAGCUCCCUAGGAGAGAACUUGUUGGGACCCUAAUACCUAGCCAGAGUCGGGUGUUGGCCCUGUCUUCUAUGUCUAUGUGUUUGCGCUGCCUCCUACAAUGCUGCUUCCUGCAGUGGGCCAAGUAACCAUGGGAGCGAUGAUAUGGUUCUUACACCAAGAUGCUCCUCUACUUCCACCAAUAAACCUCCAAUGGAG